UUCAAACAAUCAGCCUUGCUUAACUAAUGGUUGCUGCAGGCAAUCUUCACACUGUGCUUCUCCGAAGUGAUGGCAAGGUUGUGGCUUGCGGAGCAAAUCGUGAAGGACAAUGCAUAAUUCCAGCAUUGGAUGAUGGACUGACAUACACGCAGGCUUCUGCGGGCAGUGAACAUACAAUUCUUCUCCGAAGUGACGGCCUUGCUGUGGCUUUUGGAGAUAAUGAAUUUGGGCAAUGCGACAUUCCGCCUCUGAUAGAUGGAAUUGAAUACACCCAAGUUUCGGCAGCCGAUUUUCAUAACGUCCUUCUUCGAAGUGAUGGCAGUGCUGUUGCCUGCGGUGAGAAUACCUAUGGGCAGUGCAACAUUCCUCCAUUGAAGGACCAGAUAUCAUACACCCAAAUUUCUGCCGGUGGUUCGCAUUCUGUCUGUCUCCAAAGUGAUGGGAGGGUUGUUGCUUGCGGAUUAAAUCGUCAGGGACAAUGUGACAUUCCACCUUUGGGUGAAGGAAUGUCAUACACCCAAGUUUCUGCAGGUGCUACGCACACAUUCCUCCUCCGAAGCGAUGGGAAAGCAGUGGCUUGUGGAAGCGGUUCUCAUAGAGAAUGCAACCUCCUCCCUUUGGACGGGGGCAUUAGAUACACCCAGAUGUCUGGAGGUGGUGGUCACAGCGUUCUUCUUCGAAGUGAUGGUGCUGCUGUUGCUUGGGGCUUCAAUGAUGACGGGCAAUGCAGCAUUCCACCUUUGCAUGCUGGAGUGACAUAUUCCCAAGUUUCUGCAGGUGGUCAUCAUACGGUGCUUCUCCGAAGCGACGGCACUGCUGUGGCAUGUGGAUGGAAUAAUUAUGGACAGUGCAGCAUUCCAUCACCUGGGGCCGGUAUCUACUAUAUGUGCUGUAUGAAUCUUGGUGCAGACCUGGUUUUACAACUGGAGGUCGCCUCAGGAGGUGAUGAUGUGACUCUGGUCUGUUCGGAUUUGGCAGGGAAAGAAGUGCUACGGCUGAACGCAGGAGGCUCCGAUCUCUGCUGGGAAAGCCACAAACGAAUUGCGCGUGAGAUGAAGAUCAACCUCCAGCGUCUUCGAAUCGUUUUGCCAGAUGGCCAACUCUUGGCGCAUUUCUGCCGUGCAAAUCCUGAGGCCACCAUGGCCACUUUGGCCACCAUGGCAGUUGGUGGCAAACGUCAGUACCAGGAGGCCAAAUCCAUCUUGACUCAGUGCCUGCGGGCCUUGGCAUAUCUUCACAAUCACUCCUGUGUUCAUCGUGAUGUCAAACCCUCCAACCUCCUCUUCGGGCAAGACGAUGCCAUGCGCUUGGCAGAUUUUGGCUUGGCCAAGUGGUUGGAGUUCAGUGCAGCAUCUCCUCGCUUCGUUAGGGAGGCGAGUGCCAUGCGCCUGGCGCGCCCCGCCUCGGCUCCGCAGUUGCGAUCGUCCACGCUUCCGCAGGCGCCUGCGAUGCCCGUGACGCCACUGCAGCUCCUUCGCGCACGCGCACGGCCUAGCUCUGCAUGGGCACCAGCUGUGGAGGCCUCACGUGCCGAUGAGACGUGCCGUGUGACGGCCGUGGCUUCGCUGAGCAAAGCGGCCAGCGAGGAUCACUCUGAGCCAGAUCGCAGCGGCGACCGAUGCACCUGCGAGGCCUCUGAGAGCUCUUUGGUCUCCACCCAACAACCACUGGAGCAUUCAGAGACAUCACAAGAGUUGGAUUUGCCGGAAGAGGACUGCGACGACGCCAACGAGGCAGAAUUGCAGGGGCGAGUGGAAGCCCUGCGACGCAAGGAUCUUCAAGAGAGGAUGAUGAAGUUGCAACAGCAACAGAAGGAGCUGGAAGAAGAGCAGCAAGAGGUGCAAAAGCUGCUGCAACGGACGCCCAAGCGCACAACGGGCCGGCCGCAGAGCGCCGCCAGCCGAACGCGCGGCGGCGGAAGCGCGGCGGAGUUGCGCAUCGAUGGCAAAGCCAUCUCUGGUACGACUUCCAGGGUGACUCCGAAGUCGCGGCCCAGCAGUAGCCCUGGAGCCUUGCGAAGGUCGGCGAGCGCACCAGGUCAGCGGCAAGAGGCCAAGAAGUCUCUGAGAGAUUUGCACUACGAAAGCAUGCGACGCCAAGCAGCCCAGCGCUUGGAACUUCUAAAGCAACGGGAGAUCCAACGCGAACCCUGGACACAUGGAGGUUCUCGACCCUCACGGCCCUGGUCCGCCAUUCCGGGCUACACGGGAUACAGACCCCACAUGGAAGAAGAUUCCAUGGUGGGCUGCAAUUGGAGUCGCGCCUCCUUGCAAUGCAUUCGACUCUUUGGAAAGCCGGGCAUGUGA